AAGAUCGCCUACAAAGGAAUUUCUGCUUCAACGUUAUUAAAAACCUUACCCCAUGCGGAUAUCUUACAUAUUGCAUGCCACGGGUACCAGGAUUCAACCAAUCCGCUAGGAAGUGGUCUUGUGCUUGCGGAUAAGCUGGUCACCGUUUCCGACCUGAUGCGUCUAUCGCUCCCGCGCGCUUCUGUAGCAUUUCUCUGCGGAUGCGAUACGGCGAAGGGUGACGUAAACCAACCGGACCAGGCCGUUCAUCUUGCGACAACCAUGCUCUUCGUUGGUUUCAGAAGCGUCGUGGCGACUCUUUGGUCUAUGCAAGAUGAUGACGGGCCCAUUCUUGCUCAAACAUUUUAUGAAGCACUUCUGAGUACGACAGGACCAACACUGACCAUGGACGCUGUCGCAUAUGCCCUCGAUGAAGCUGUUCACAAAUUGAGGGACAUCAACAUGCUACCAAGCACAUGGGCUCCGUUUGUACACGUUGGAAUGUGA